GCUUGCUCUCGUCAGGAAGCGGACCACAACAGACAGAAAUAUCGUCUGACGGAGGCGACAAGUCGGCAUCGAUCCCGCUUUUCCCGCUAAAACGAACAGAGAAUUUUACUCAGGGAUAAAAGAACCAAUCAGACGAGCCUGCAGGGGUCAGAGGUCGACAAAUCCAAGAUGGUGGAGGUGGAGACGUCGACCUUCGAGGCGCGGAACCUGUUCAAGGACUCCUUCAAGAUCCUGCGGCAGCUGUAUGAGGACGAGGAGCUGUGUGACACCAUGCUCAAGGUUGGAGAGAAGGGGAUCCACUGCCACAGAGUUGUCCUGGCGGCCUGCUCACCCUACUUCUUCUCCAUGUUCACAUCAGGCAUGGGGGAAUGUUAUCAGGACACGGUGACCAUCAAGGACAUAGACAGCUACGCGCUGGAGCAGAUCGUGCGGUUUGCGUACACCUCGAAGGUUGUCAUGACGACAGAAAACGUGCAGUCUCUGCUGUACGCAGCCUGUCUGCUGCAGGUGGAGGUUCUGGCCAAGGCCUGCUGCGACUUCAUGAAGGCCCACCUGCACCCAGCUAACUGCCUGGGGAUCCGCAUGUUUGCAGAGCAGCACAACCGCAUGGAACUGAUGAAGUGUGCCGACAAACACUCCUGCGAUAACUUCUUAGACGUUAUACAACACGACGAGUUCCUACAGGUGAGUGCGAGCCACCUGACUGCCAUGAUCAGCUCCUCAGACCUGAACGUGGAUGCGGAGGAGCAGGUGUACGAGGCCGUCAUGAAGUGGGUGAAACACGACAUCGCCACGAGGAAACAGCACGUUUCUGAUAUCUUCAGACAUGUGCGUUUCCCGAUGCUGCAGCCUUCGUUCCUGAUGAGCGCUGUGGAGCAGGAGGAGAUGCUGAGGAAGGACCACUCCUGCCGGGACCUCAUCGACGAGGCCAAGAACUACCACCUCUCCCAGGCCAGCAAGGUGAUGGGGCUGAAAUACUCCAUAAGGACACAGCCUAGGAAGAGCUGUGCAGGUGUGCUGUUCAGUGUAGGGGGGAGGGGGGCGUCAGGCGACCCCUUCAAGAGCAUCGAGGCGUACGACCUUCGUAACGACCGGUGGUUCCAGAUUCCGGAGAUGAGCACGAGAAGAAGACACGUAGGGGUCACAUCGACCUUGGGUAAGCUGUAUGCUAUGGGCGGCCAUGACGGAAGCGACCACCUCAACACUGUGGAGAUGUACGACCCCCACAUCAACAAGUGGACCAUUCUGUCACCCAUGGCAACCAAAAGGAGAGGCAUCGCAGUGGCGAGCCUGGGAGGUCCCAUUUACGCGGUGGGGGGGCUGGACGACAGUGCGUGUUUCCACACGGUCGAGCGGUACGACAUCGAGUCCGACACGUGGAACUUCGUGGCAGCGAUGAACACACCACGCGGUGGGGUAGGGGUGGCACCACUGCAGGGCUACCUGUAUGCGAUCGGUGGGAAUGACGGAGUGGCGUCGCUGAACAGCUGUGAGCGUUACGACCCGCACCUGAACAAGUGGGUGGAGAUAUCGCCCAUGAUCAAGCGGAGGGCCGGGGCAGGGCUGGCCGUGCUCAACGGCUUUCUGUAUGCUGUCGGUGGAUUUGACGACAACGCUCCACUUGACUCGGUGGAGCGUUUUGACCCGUCUAAGAACGAGUGGGAGAUGGUGGGCAGCAUGUCGUGUUGCCGAGGCGGGGUUGGGGUGUCCGCGCUCGGAGGGAAGGUGUACGCCGUCGGCGGCCAUGACGGCGGCUCCUACCUCAACUCGGUGGAGGCUUACGACCCAAUCCUGGACAAGUGGGGAGAGGUGAACAGCAUAGGGAUCUGUCGAGCCGGGGCGGGGGUGGCCACGUGUGACUGCACCGUGACGGAACUAAAGGACAUCGGACAGAUCAGCGUGGUCAGCUGUGUUUAGACAUUCUGUUCGUUCGUUCGUUUGUUGGUUCCUUGGUUGGUUGGUUUGUUAGACAUCCAGGAAGAGCAUUAUGUAAUAGAAAAUUAAUGAAGCAACUGGACAAAAUAUCAUAUGUAACAGUUUCAGGUAUCAUCUACUAUCUUUCAUUAGUGACAGAAAAAGAGCAUGAAGAUAAGUUUGUUGGUUGGUUGGUUGGAUUGUUCAACUGUUAAACCUUAAAACACACCUGGUUCUGUAUGUUAAGUACAAGCUGGCAUAAGAUCAGACUGGCAGGUUGGGAUAUGCAGUCCUCAGCGUUUCUGUCUUGAAUGGAAAAGUACUGUGAAUACUUGGACUAUUUUCAGUAUUUUCCAUUAUUGCAGUUUUUGCAGUCACUUUGUGGCAAAGUCAUCAAAGUAGCAAUCUCAUCGAAGUUGCAAACAAACACUGGCAUUUUCGUACUAGUUUGCUAACUUCAUCGUGCUGCUACAUUUUGGUGUGGCAAACUGGAGCAAACUUACGUCCCAAGCAUGUAGCAGACAGUGUUGAAUACAGAUACAACCUAACUUUGACCAGAAUUUAUACAGAACAAACUGUCUAAGACUGACACAGGGAAUGAAUGAAUGUAUUUGUGGAUCUGUCUCACAAACAAAGCUGACCUGGACAAAGUGUCCAAAGUCACAUAGGAUGGUUGAUGUUCAUAUUUGCAAUAGCGUUGGUAUAAAAUCAUGGCAGACAGUUUGACAAAGCUGUCCAAAUUAACAAAUUACAAGUUAUGUUGUCAUUUGUGUGUGAAUAUCAAGCUCAUGACUUACAUGUAGCAAAAAUAGUAACUAAAGGUAUAUGACAGUAAUUCAAAGGUGAUGAAAUGCAUUUCCUUAUGAUGGAUUAUCUAUGAUAUCAGAAUUAUUACAAAUGAGAAAAAAGCUCUGCAUGCUGGCUUUUUAUGUACAAAGUUGACACUAAGAUUACGAGAAAAAAAAUGAAGACAAAAUUAAAUCUAUAGUAUAUAUAUCUAUGUGCCAUGUAACAAAAUUUUGUAUAUGGGAGUUGCUGUAAUUAUGUUGUUUAUUUUCAACCAGGGUACAAGUAUUAUGAUUUUAUAUGUUUGCAAAUAUGUUGUCAGGGUACCCAGAGAAGUUUCAGGGGUUUUUUUUUUUGUUUUUUUUUCUUUUACCUUCAAGUCUUGCAAGCUGCACAAAUUGUACUCCAAUGCAUUGGGUACAAUUAAGAUGUGGCCCAAGAGAAUCAAAGGAAAAACUGUAUUUAUGUCCUGCCUCUGAAAUGUUGUCAAUACUUUGUGUAUGAUAUACAUGUAAUAGGAUAUGUAGUAUUACUACAAUACCUAUUAUAGAGUACACAUAUUUAUAUACACUCUGCACACUGUUGUAGCAGGUUUAUUUAUCUAAACUAUGCUGCUGUAUUGUAUUAACGUUAAGGUAUGCUGUGACAAGGCGAUAUACAGGAAAGUAAUAUCACAUUUCUCAUUACAUAGGUGAUAUGAAUUUUGCAGAAGACUGCAGUUGGAUGGUCAAAAAGUUGAUGCGCAAACUUUUUGUGUUGGAACGAAGUUUAAGCUCUUCACUAUGUUAUACGUGUAACUUGCAAUUUUCAUGUCGGUUGUGAUCCUGAUGUUGUCAUUGCAAACAAUCAGUAUUGAUAUAAAUAUUGACAAAUGUUAGACUAAACUACUAGGAGAAAGUAUACUCCACCUUAAUAGCAAGUACCAUGGCAUUAAAAGAGUUUUCGUUUUUAA